AUGACGAUCGCGAUAUCAAUGAUACUGCUCUUUGUGGGGAUUGGAAUUCUGAUCCUAAUUCAUGUCUGUAUUGUCGGGAGAGCUUACAGAAGAGGAAUUGGAACUACUAACAUAGUGGAAAGAGGCAGCUUAGCGAGCAACAGCAUGUCCCAUGAGGAUAUAGAAAAGCUUCCUUCCUAUGCCUUUCAGUCCAAAGAUAAAGGAACCAGUCAAGUUGAAUGUGCAGUUUGUUUGGAUAAUCUCAAGGUGGGUGAUAAGUGCAGGUUAUUGCCUCAGUGCAAUCACAGUUUUCAUGCUGAGUGCGUAGAUUUGUGGCUCUUGAAAAUCUCCAUUUGCCCAAUUUGCAGAGCUACUGCUGGUGGAUCCAUAUCUGGAGGAGAAAGUAGCCGAUUUAGCGAAAGUGGCAGGCAGGAAUUAAACGCGGAAACUGCUGAAUUAGCAGAGAUGAUAUUGGUACCAGAGAGUGGCAAUUCCGUUAACUAUUUAAGCUUUGAGAUGAGAGCGAAUCAUACAACCCAAAACAGUGAGCAAUUGAGCGGAGUUGGUUCAACUGAUGGCCAAACUAGUGAAGCGAAUGUGAGCUUUAGUGAAACAAGAAAUGAUUGGAGAGUGAGCCAAGAAGAAAGUGUCCGUUUAAGUGAGAAUUCUACUGAGUUGAGAGCAACCCAACCUAUAGAAAGUAUCCAUUUGGUCCAUGAAGAAAUACUACAUCAAGAGACCCUCAAACAGCUUGAUUAA